AUGGCGUCGCGCGAGGACCGCGUGUUCGCGCUCGUCGUCGGCGGCGGCGACAUGGGCUCGCACCCGCACUGCGGCGCCUUCUCGGCGCUGCACCUGCUCAGGAGCUACAACCACCUGCUGUCGCAGCCAGUGGACCCGGUGGCGGCGGCGGCGGGAGUGGCCGGCUACCAGCCGCUGCCCCCGUCCGCGGCGGAGGCGGCGUGCUGCCGGGAGGCGGCUCUGGUCGACCCGGCGGCGGCGGUGGUACCAUUCGGCCUGCCGCCGCCGGGACUAGUGCCGCACGGCCUGCUGGGAGCGCUGCAGCCCUACCCGCCCCUGCUGCCCCUCAUCCACGACCACGCGGCCUGCGGGCUGCUGGCGAGGAUGCCUGGCUCGGGCAAGAGGCCGCGCGGCGAGAAGCGACCCAUCCCCGACGCCCAGAAGGACGAGAAGUACUUCGAGCGCCGCAAGAGGAACAACCAGGCGGCCAAGAAGUCCCGCGACGCGCGCAAGAUCCGGGAGGACCAGAUAGCGAUGCGCGCGGCCUUCCUGGAGCAGGAGAACUCCUUCCUGCGGACCCAGGUGCUGACCCUGCGCGAGGAGUCCCAGGCGCUCAGGCACCUGCUGCUGCAGGGGAAGGUCGACGCGCGACCGCCUCGCCCCCGCAGCGAGGACCUGGGGGUCGAAGCUGCGACCAGGGGACUCGGCCCCCGGGCGCUGGCCGCCGCCGACGGGGACCAUCGGUUCCACAGGUGA